GCGCCCGGCUCCUCUCACUCACCCUCACCAGCAGCAAAGAGCACCGCCGGCAGAUAUGACGCACCAGUGCACCAAGUUCUCCGGCCACUGGAAGAUCAUCGUGUUCGACGAGGAAUGCUUCCAGGGUCGCCGCCACGAGUUCACGUCGGAGUGCACCAACGUGAUGGAGUUGGGCUUCGAGACGGUGCGCUCGCUGCGCGUGGAGAGUGGCGCCUGGGUGGGCUAUGAGCACGCCUCCUUCCAAGGCCAACAGUUCGUCCUGGAGCGCGGCGAGUACCCGCAGUGCGACGCCUUCGGGGGAAGCAACGCGUAUCACAUCGAGAGGUUGACCUCCUUCAGGCCCAUCGCCUGCGCGAACCAUCGAGAGUGUCGCAUGACCAUCUUCGAGCGUGAGAACUUCCUGGCUCGGAAGGGCGAGCUGAGCGACGACUACCCAUCCCUGCAAGCCAUGGGCUGGUGCAACAAUGAAGUGGGCUCCCUCAAGGUCCAGUCUGGAGCGUGA